AACGUCAAAACCAUGCUGAGUUGAUAAUCGCUUUUGUUUUGCCUUCGUUUUUCACGCAACAACAACAAAAAAAAACCAUAACAAAACCGAUCCGGCUGCUACCGACGGGAAAAAGCAUCAUGUUUAAACCAUCGCGCUGUCUUUACUUAAUAGUUCGCCGCACAAUUACCCAAACCAGCUACAAAGCGGUCCAUCUGACGGGGAAUGUGACGGUAAAGAAGUUCAUCGACUCGGAAAAUGAUUACGCCAGUGCGGUUUUGCAGAACGUUCAGCUCACCGGCCAUCGGUUGACUGUGCCGGACCAACCGGCGGAUAUGGAAAGCAUCCUCCAGUCACCUGACCGUUGGUGUAAGGGGGAUCCGGAGAAGGUGUUGCAGCUGUUACGGCACAUAGUGGCAUCGAUCGGGGCGAAGGGUGAGGGAGCAUCCGCGCUGGAAGAUGUACGGUUUUCCGAGUUUAUCACCACCUUCGUGCGGCUCGUGCCAUCAUUUUCCGACACCCAGCUGUCCCAGGCACUGGAAACGCUUGCCGCGCUGGAAGAGAUUCAAUCCAUCUACGAACCAAACUAUCUCUCCCUGUGGACCACACUGGACACGGAAUGUUUGGAGCGGGUAGUGAGCUGGAACGUCGACCAGCUGCUACACUUUGCCGACCGGUGGUAUCCGCUCCGGUUAGCCAAGCAGGGCAAGUACGUGAACAAAGCGAUCUGGAAGAUCAGCAACCGGCUCCGGAAGCUACCACCGCACCAGCUGCUCAAGACCGCUUUCUACAUCAAUCUAACGCGCGUCCCGGUAGAAAACAUGAUCGAUAUCGAGACGAACUUUCACCAGCACUUUGCCACCUUCUCGAUCGACGACAUCGCGAUACUGUGCAUGGGUUUCUUCAAGACGGAAACACCGAUCCGGAAUGGGGAGCUGCUGGACAAGAUCUACCACAAAGUUACCACCCAACUGCCGGCGGUGGACGAUAUAGCGCUGACAGCGAUACUGAAGCUACUGCGCUACUCGUCCCGCAUUCCGCAGGUCGGCUCGAUGCAGCAGCUGCUCGAUGCGCUCGUGCCGGUAGUGCCGAACCUUUCCCUGCAGGCCUGUCUGCACGUCGCACUGCUCGGCAGCGACAUACACCUGUGCCAUCGGGGUACGCUAGAGUUGAUAGUGGACAAGUUUCUCGCGAACGUACGCGCACUGCGGCUGAAGGAUGCGGAACGGAUUGCGUUCGUGCUGGCGCACGGUAACAUCGAGCUGCGCGAGUCCCGCGAAAUGGUGCUGCUGCGUGCGAUUCUAGCCGACCUGCCGAACCGGGUGCCGGAAAUUGUCCAGUACCCGAAAUGCUACGUCUCGCUGCUACACUUCCUGUCGCUCCGGAACGUCACCGAUGCAUCGCUCAUUUCGGCCGCAUUCGACCAGAAGUUCUUACAGCUCGCGUACCACCGUAACAUUGGUGGGGCGGGGCGGGAAGCUGUUUCGCUGGACGCAUUUACGGCCAUCAAUCUGGCGGAUGCCGGAUACGCUGGGAACCGGUUCCCGGACCAAGCGUUCCGGUUGGUGUGUAAGCUAACGCAGGACUAUCUACCGAACCCGAAGUACAAGCUUACCAAGUCCGACCGGAUGCUGUUGGACAUACAGGAAACGUUCGACGCGCUGUGGAAGGUACCGUGCCGGAUAAUGCACCUGUUGCCCCAUUACCAGCGGCCAGACAUUUUGUUUUGCUGUGACGACCGAACGCGGAAGGUGGUGGCGAUGCCGGAUGACCUGGCCAACACGCACGAAAUACGGACGCGCGAAAGCAUUUUGGGGGAGCAGCGUACCGGGGACAGCAGCCUGCGGCUGGUUGCAAUCGUUGUUGGCUCGUGGAACUGUUACAUCCGUAACGAUCGGCGCCGUACGGGUGGGUACGCGAUGAAGCUGACACAGCUCCGGAAGCUACAUUAUGACACCGUCGAGAUACCAUGGUACGAGUGGCCGUUUUAUUCUCGCGACGAAAUGCAACGAUAUCUCGAGUCGAAGCUGGCGCCGUACUUCAGCAAGGCACGCAAGCAGGCGAUGGUUAAAAAAUAAAUAGUUUACAAGCCAACCGA